AAUAUUAAUAGGAACAAAAAUAGUAAAUAUUAUCCUACUUGGUAAAGGAUUGUAUUGUAGUGUCUAUAAAUAGGGUCCCUGUGUAAUAAUGUAGAAAUACAAUUCAAUAAUAUUUUUCUCCUAUAUUUUCUCACAUGAUAUCAGAGCCUCUACGAUCUUGGUAGAAAAUCAAAGAGCUUCCGCUGCUGGCUAGCGGCUAUUACCAUAUAUGCCGCCCAUCUAGCCAAUGAUUAUGUUAGCAAAAGUCGGGCCACCGCGUAUCUUUCUGGUGACUAUUUUCUCAUAUCUAAUUUGCGUAGCACCGUGCAUCUUUCUGGUGACUACUUUUUCAUAUUUAAUUUGCGUUGUACCGUGCAUUUUUUUGGACUACUUUUUCAUCUGAUUUGUGUAGCACUGUGCAUCAUUCCGGUGACUACUUUUUUAUAUUUUAUUUGUGUAACACUGUGCCAUCUUUCCGGUGACUGCUUUCUUAUUUGUGUAGGGUUGUGCCAUCAUUCCGAUCCAACCCAUGUAAUUUCUAUUUUUUAGUAGGGUCGUGCCAUCAUUCUGACCCUACCCAUAUCAUUCUCUUUUCAGUAGGGUCGUACCAUUAUUCCGACCCUACCCAUAUAAUUCUCUUUCUUAAUAGGGUCGUGCCAUCAUUCCGACCCUAUCCAUAUAAUUUUAUUUCUCAGAUUAUGACCACAUCAAAUCUAAUACUCCAAUGCAUGAGUAUGAUUCGGCCAGUUUUACGCUGACUUUCUUGUUUAAGAUCUUCUCAUCUCUUGAUUUUGAGAUGUUCCAUAUAUUAUAUAUACCAGAUUCCGAGCACUGUUUAGCAACCAUUGCAUUGUUUACGAGAGAUUUGAGUUUUCCUGCAGUGUUUUCUUUUCGUUUCAGAUUUACUUUCACAAAUAAAAAAGAAAGAAGAAGGUGUACCCAGAUAUUUGGGCUGUAUUACAGUGAUAUUUUCUCUUCGUGGCUAAAAUAGCGUAUGUCCUCCUUCUUCUAUCUAUAGUUGUUGUUCUCCAUAGGUAUUUUAAUCAAUUGGACAUUAAGAAUUUUUUCUCUACUGUGAUAUCUAGGAAGAAGUCUAUUAGCCUGUUUGGAUGGACUUAUUUUAAGCAGCUUAUAAGUUGAAAACUGCUUAUAAGUUAAAAAAAAAAGUAGGUGCAGCCCAACUUAUUUUUUUUGACUUAUAAGCUAUUUUCAACUUAUAAACUGCCUAAACUAAGUUCAUUCAAACAAACCCAACUAUUUAUUGGGGCUUAUUUUAAGCACAAAAUGACUUUAAGUUGGCCAGCCAAAUACUCAAAAAAGCUAAAAACAGCUUAUAAGUCAAUCCAAACGGGCUCUAUAUGGAGCAACCAACUGAUUUUGUUGCUAUGGGGGAGUCUGGUAGCCUUGUAUUUUGAUUGUGUAAGUCACUCUAUGGUCUAAAACAGUCUUCUCAAGCUUGGUUUGGAAAGUUCAACAUUGCAAUUCAAGAAUUUAUCACUUUAUGUUUCAUCAACAUUAUGCCCCAAAUCCAGUAUUUCAUGAAAAGACCAAGCACAUUGAGAUUGACUGGCAUUAUGCAUCAAAUACAGUAUUUCAUGAGAAAACUAAGUUCAUUGUGAUUGACUGUCAAUUUUAUGAAGUCGAGUGAUCAACUUGCAGAUAUCUAAUCAAGUCCCUCACCGGUCCUCGUAUUAAUUACAUUUGUAACAAGCUAGGGACCUAUGACUUGUAUGCACUAGCUUGAGGGGGAUAGGAAUAGAUAUAUAAAAUCCUACUUAGAGUAGGAAUAGAAAUAGGAAUAUUAAUAGGAAUAGAAGUAGUAAAUAUUAUCAAUGGAAAUAGUAAAUAUUAUCCUACUUGGUAAAAGAUUAUAUUGUAUUGUCUAUAAAUAGGGUCUCUGUGUAACAUUGUAGAAACACAAUUCAAUAAUACUUUUCUCCUAUAUUUCUCACAGUUACCAUAUUAUUUAUUGUUACUGCUGUUCUUUUCUCCAUUAUUUUCAACAUGACAUCUUCUAUACUGUAUUUCUUUUUCAUAUCUAUCUUGAUAUGCUUUACUUGAGGCGAGUCGAGAGUCUAUUGGAAACAACCUCUCUUCCUUCACGAGGUAGGGAUAUCAACAAUAUGGAAAAAUUCCUAUAGAGGUGGUGAAUGGAGACCAUGCAUUAACAAAUCCUCAGGAGACAAGGUUUGAUGAUCGAUGGACUAAGAUUGUAUCGCAUAUCUUCAGGGAUUCCUGAAUCAAAUGGUUACCUUUAUAUUGAGGCAAAUGGUGGUCUCAAUCAGCAAAGGACAUCGAUAUGCAAUGCUGUUGCUGUGGCAGGUUUUCUUAAUGCAACCCUGGUCAUCCCACACUUCCAUUUUCAUAGCAUUUGGAGGGAUCCAAGCAAGUUCGGAGAUAUUUAUGAUGAAGGUUUUUUUGUUAAAACACUAGCCAAUGAUGUGCGAGUGGUGAACAAGAUUCCUGAUUAUAUUAUGCAAAGGUUUGAUUACAAUAUGAGCAAUGUUUACAACUUCAAGAUCAAAGCUUGGUCCUCCAUCAGUUACUACAGGGAUACAGUUCAUCCAAAGCUGCUUGAAGAAAAGCUCAUCAGAAUAUCCCCAUUUGCAAACCGUUUAUCAUUUGAUGCUCCUCCAGCAGUUCAACGGCUUAGGUGCCUGGCAAAUUAUGAAGCCCUUAGAUUUUCAAAUCCAAUUUUAAGUUUGGGGGAAACAUUGGUGUCAAGAAUGAAAGAACGGAGUGCCAAUAAUAGUGGAAAGUAUAUCUCUGUGCAUCUCCGCUUUGAGGAGGAUAUGGUGGCUUUCUCUUGUUGCAUGUAUGAUGGUGGUGAAGAAGAAAAAAGGGACAUGGAUGCUGCAAGAGAGAGAGGAUGGAAGGGAAAAUUUACAAAACCUGGUCGCGUGAUUCGUCCUGGAGCUAUCAGGAUUAACGGCAAGUGUCCCUUGACUCCUUUAGAGGUUGGUCUGAUGUUAAGAGGCAUGGGAUUUGACAAGAUUACAUCCAUCUAUUUAGCAUCUGGAAAAAUAUACGACUCUGAGCGACAUAUGAAACCACUAUUAGAAAUGUUUCCUCUUUUACAAACUAAAGAAAUGCUGGCAUCCCCAGAAGAAUUAAGCCCAUUUCAGAAUUACUCUUCCAGGAUGGCUGCCUUAGACUAUACUGUUUGCCUUCAUAGUGAAGUAUUUGUGACAACUCAGGGAGGCAAUUUCCCCCACUUUCUGUUGGGCCAUAGAAGAUACUUGUAUGGUGGGCACUCCAGGACCAUCAGACCAGACAAGAGGAAGUUAGCUUUGUUAUAUGAUAAUCCCAAUAUCGAGUGGAGGAGCUUCAAGCGGCAAAUGCUUAAUAUACGAGCACAUAGUGAUUCAAAAGGAAUUGAGAUUAAAAGACCAAAUGACUCAAUAUAUUCAUUCCCUUGCCCAGAUUGCAUGUGUCGGAGUAACAAGAGUGAAGAUUCUAGAUCAUCCUCAAUAACGUGAUCUGUGUGCCUGUCAAUAGGUGGUGUUCUUAUUCGCAACGCAUGAACUUCAGCUGCUAUCCUGUGUGCAUGUCAGCAGGUGCUGUUCUUGCGCUUGUAGUACAUAUGAAUUUCAGCUGCUAACUUCUUGUGAUUCUUUCAUUUUUUUUCUCCUUCCACUAUGGAGAGGGCUUUACUGGAUCUUGGAGCUGCUUCUGGGAUUUAUGUGACUGAUCAAUUUGAUUAUCUCCCUGGCACGAGUUUGACGGUACGCUUUUGUACAUGAUGGUGCAAGGAGGAAGAAUGGGAAAGUCAUUUCCUUCGGUGAUGUUACCCCGAGCGUUGAUUUACAUAGCAAAUUCAUAUUCUUCCAGCUGCUGUAUCUAACAAGCUGUGACUUGACACGAGAUAUAUUUGCACAUUAGUUUUGUGAGAGGAUUUUGCAUAUUACUGAAGUAGGAGUCCUAGAUUAUAGGAACAGGAUGAGAACAGUGUAGGGUUUUCAGUAGUCAGGGUUCCAAAGUCUUACUUUGGAUACCAUUUCUUGCCAACGUAGUAAUAUCUCCCUUGUUGAUAUUUUUUUGUCUCAGGUUCACUAGAUUUUUAUCACCUCAUUUCAGAGCGCACAGAAUUUGAAACAGAGCACUGUUACAAAUGUGUGGAUUUUUCCUUGAUUAAUUCUGUCUGACAAAAGCAGCUACCAUGAUGUGCCAAAUGCUACUUAUAAAGAGAUCACUUGACCUAUCGAG